UUUUCGCGCAUAAAAGGGAGGAUGUCGGGUGGCGGCGAAGGGGUAAGGGGUAAAGUACGUGAGGCGCUUCUGUUCGGCGUAGUGAUACAGACUCCGUAAAAUGGCGGGAAAGAUUGGAACUCGGCGGAAAGAUUUCGAAAAUUCGGAGGGAAAAUCGAGUUACACGAGAUCGUAGAUCAAGUGAAUGAACGAAGGAUCGAAUAAGGAAGAUCGACGAUAGAAUAAGAAGUUCUUUUCUCAAUAAAUCGAAGGCCCAAAAUAUGAAAAAGGUCAAAGUCGCGAAUCAAAUGGAAAAUGGCGGACCAAUUAAGAGAGCAGCCGCGUCGGUACAUUUUAUUCUUUAUUUUCGACGAUAGUAUAUAUCUAUUCUCGAAAGGUGAAUAUCCCGGGGCAAUGUAGCGAAGUAUAAAAAGGAUGAUAACAUGGAUGAGAAGGAAAAGGGAUGGAAAAGGCGUGGAAAAGGCGCGUUUAAUUGACGAAAGAGGAAAUGCGAGAUGGUUUUGACUUCGAACGCGUGCGUCGCGGCGCGGCGGCGAGAGAAAUCCAUAAAUAAAACAAUCGGUUAUAUACAUAUGUUUUUCAAAUCGACGAAUGCUAUUAUAUAUUUUGUAUCGAGCACUCGUUUCGGAGGUAGACGCCGACGCCCGGCGCCGACGUCGUUUUUAACGCGUCGACGAGCCGCGUGCUGUUAGUAAUCUCACCCAAUCCGAGAGACUCAUAAGUAUAUAUAAAAAAAAAAAAAAAAAAAAAAAAAAAAAAAAAGGGGGGAAAAGGAAAACGGGAAAAGAGAGGAAGAAAAAAAGGAGGAUCGUUAGAAUAAUCAACCCUCUCUCUCUUUUGUCGCGGGGGGGAGGGGAGGUACGCGUUGGCACAUCAUUAAGAUGCAACGGUGAAAAACGUAACUGGUCGUCUUCCGGGGUUGAACGACUAACCGCGUCUCCCGAAGGAAAAAAAGAAAAAGAAAAGAGAAAAAAGAGCGAAACGUACCAAAUAAGAUACUACGAGGGUGGAAUAAGGGGGUGAAAAGGAAAUAGAGAAAGAGAGCAAGAAGGGAGAGGGAGAGGGAAAAGAGAGAGAGAGAGAGAGAGAGAAAGAAAGAGAGAAAGAGAGAAAAAGAGAAAAAGAGAUAUGUUCGCUUCGCGGUGAGCACCACGCUUCGAUAUCUCGUCGCAUCGUGCGGUGAGGGGAAGGAUCAUAAUCUUUCGUUAUAAUUUCUUAGUGUCUUUAUAUUUUUUUUCUUUUAUUUUCUUUUUGAAAUGGGUACAGCCGGUCGCGAUUUCGAGCGCGAUCGAGAAGACGGAUUGCACUGUCGGAUUUGUGCGUGCGACGUUACUGGAACCAACGGUAUCAACAUUUUCACCGAGGAUGGUAGACGGCACUACCUGCAGACCAAAAUACGCAAAUAUCUCUACAUCUUGGUAUCCUCUGAAGAUAAAUUAUCAAAGAUGGUUUGUUUAACGUGCAUCAAAAGAUUGGAAGGAGUACAUCGUUUUGCAAUGAUGGCAUAUUGUACACAAGAAAGAUUAAGGUUACAAUUAUAUGAAAAUUUGGACAAUAUAAAUUCUGUUCAAGAUAUGGAGGAACAAAGUUUAAAGGAUACACAAGAAACUACUAAAAAAGUAGAAGAUAGAGGAUUAUUACAUUCAAUUCUUACAAAAGGUGCCAUAGAAAUUUUAGCAGAAGGUGAACCACUUGGACCAUCUGAAUUAUCCCAUCUAUCUGAAGAAGAAAAAAGUCAUACUCCAAGUAUGGAAGAAAUGGAAGUCAAAGUAGAUCCAAUGUUAUUUUUACAAUGCUGUAUGGAACAAUCGGCUUCAGAUAUAUCAGACACAUCAGACCUUGAAGAAAGUGCGAUCAGAACUCAUUCUCCUGAAUUAUCGAGUUUAACAAACAAAGAUAUAGAAAUAGAAAAGGAGAAAACAAGGGAAUCUAAUGACAAUAAACUUAAUGAAGAAACUAAUGAAGAUAAUUUAAAUACAACAAAACAAUAUGAAUGUACAAUAUGUACACGAUCCUUCAUAUCAGAGAUUGGUUUAAGAAAUCAUUUAUGGUCACAUCUGCCAAGAGAAAGAUGCUUGGAUGGGAAAUCUGUUUUGAGAUCGCAACAAGUUCAUUCAACAAAUGGCGUGCUACAUACGAAUGUUGAUAACAAUUCCUCUGCCAACUUCGUUUGUCCAAUUUGUGGUAAAAAGAUUUCUACAAAAGGAAACUUGAAAGUACAUUUAGAAACUCACAGGCCUAAAGGAAAAUAUGGAUGCGAUAUAUGUGGCCGAAUUUUCAAAACACAAUCGAAUUUAUGCAGGCAUAAAGAAUAUCAUGGUGAAAUUAGAUUUCCAUGUAAUGUUUGUGGAAGAGUUUAUCCAACUAACUCAACUCUUCGAGCUCAUAGUAUAACGCAUUCGGACUUAAGACCACAUGCCUGUCCUCUUUGUGAUAAAACAUUCAAAAGGAAUCAGGAUUUGAAAUUUCAUAUAAAUCAACAUACUGGUGCAAGGCCUUACCAAUGUCCUUAUUGUCCAAAAGCGUUUGCCAGUUCUGGUAAUUGUUUUUCACAUCGUAAAAGAAUGCAUCCUCGAGAAGUACAUAGAGAUAGGCAAAGGGCAGCAGAUUUAAUGAGAUGAGCUGUGAGUAACCAAAACGAAGAAUGGAGUUUUAGCUGAACACAGUAUUUGAUAGAAACAAUUUUAUAAACUUUUUUUAGCUGUAUUAUACAGAAAAAAGAGCUUUACUUUUGAGAUUAACGGUGCUAAUCCACAAAGUGAUGAUAGUUUUAUAUGUUUUUAUUCUUUUUAAUUUUGAAAUUUAAUAUAAUAUUGUUAAUAAUGUUAAUAAUGUUGAUAAUAUACUUUAUU